ACAGUCAAAACAAAACACCUGUUUGCCUGCUCAACUUUUCCCUUGUCGAAUCUUUAAUUCCAAUUUUUUCAUUUAUUUGAACGUAACUACCCUCAAAUUAAUUUGUUUAAAGUCUCCUUUGAUAAUUUCUCAUUUUGAUUUAAAAAAAAUAUAUAUAUCUUUCCGCUAAAAUAAAUUUGGCCAUAUCACUGUCUGCCAUUUUUUGAUCAUUUUUUUUCCAUUUCCACACGUUAGAGCUAACAGCAGUCAACCGGUGGUUGGUAUGUGCUCGGGUUUGUGGCGUUUCGUUGUUUCUGUUUGCAUCGAGAAACGAUUGGUGGUAAUCCCAUUGAUAUAAAAGCGAUAUUGCAAGGCAUAAGCAAGAAGAAAUCAAUAUGAAUGUUGAAAAAUUGAAAAAAAUGGAGGGCGAAGUAAGGAUUGGAGGCAAAGGAACACCGAGGAGGAAGAAGAAAUAUGUUAGAUCCAACCAAGCAAACUCUGCCCAGGCCAACAACAAUCAAAUAUUUCUAACAACCUUGCGAAGUCUAGGAAUACACAAUUGUGAUCAUGUCGAAUUUGUCUUUGAGGAGGAUGAUGAACGCGUGCCAGAUUUACGUGCUCACGCAGGAUUUCACGUGCCACCAGGGCCAAUUGUACCUGAUAUGUUUGAUGAAACCAGCAAGACUGAGAUUCCCAAAACUGAUAAAGCUAAGCAGCCGGAAAGCCAGACGCAAGUGCCGAGCACCCAUGGAAAAGUACAGGAGACAUGGGUUUGAGUGCAGUGCCAGCCUUAGCAGAAGCGACAGGUUUUUAAAAAUUAUUUAUUGAGUGUUAAUAUAGAGUUUGUUAAAUUAUUUAUCCAUUAUAAUAUCGGGUGUCACAGCCAAAAUUGCAGCAUUUCCAUAGCUAAUAUCCUCGAAACUAGAAAAGAUAAAAGGAUGCGGUUUGCACCAUUGUUUUUAAUUACCCGAUACCUACAUUUUUUGUCCAUUAUAGAAAUAUUCUUUAGCAUUAUACCAAAUGCAUUUUGUCUACUUUCCAACUGGCAAGCAUGUCUUCAAGAGCUCAUGACAAGCUUUGUUUCAGAAAUAAAAGCAUCAAACUAUACAUUAUUCAGGAGCCUAAAAAAAAGCUUCCUCACGAUGUAAAAAUAUAUAUGUAUAUAUAUCCAAUUUAAGAAAACUGAGUUUUGUGAAGUUAUAAAAAUUCAAUUUUUCAUUAUCAUUGGUAUAAUGCAUGGUGCAAACCGCAUCCUUUUAUCUUUAUUAGUUUCAAGGAUAUUAGCAUUAAAAAUGCUUUAAUUUCGACUGGGACACAGUGUUCUACAAUAAUAUAUGCUUAUUAGAUUACAAAAAAAUUCGUAUAGGCGUAUCUACUUUUAGAGAUUUUUAAUUGAGUGUAAAUAUAGAAUAAUUUGUUUUCAAUUAUUUACUUUUUAAUUGGUUUAUACAACAUUUGCUUAUCAUAAUCACAAUUUUAGUCUUAGUCUUUAAGAGUUAAAACAAUAAUUUCUUAUGGAACCGUUUAUACAAGAAUCACAACCAUAAUCAUAAGCAUAAGCAUAACUUGGUUGGCCUUAAAGUUCCUUACUUUUAACUUUUACGACCGAGAAUCAAAAAGCGCAAAAUUUGUCAGCUGUUUCAUUUCACCCAAGAAUCGAUUUUGCGUAAUUUCUAACGUAUUGUUUUAGUUUUGUUUUUGUUUAUUUUUUCAAUUUUUUUGAGCAAACCAAACUGAUUCUCUAUUGCCGCAGCCAUAAGUGAGGCAAAGCUUAGAAAUAAAUAGGAAAGAGCUAUAACUUUGUAUAUUUUUCUCUUGAAUAAUUUUGAUUUCGAUAAUUCCAACUCUUUGCACUUUGAAAAAAUAAACAAAACUGAGAAAAGUAAGUAUAGAACUGCCAACUGAAUCCACAAAAAGUCGGGUUAGACUUGAUUUUAUUUUAUGCUUAUGACAUUGUAUAAACGCCUUGUAAAAUUGUGAUUAACAUUAAGACUAUGAUGACUAUGCAAAUGUUGUAUAAACCCGCUAUAUAAUACAUAUUACAAUAUGUAUUAGAAUCCAAAAAAUCCGCAUGGACCAUUUGUAUUUUUAAAGAUUAUUCAUUGAGAUAUAGGAUAAUUUGUUUUUAAUUAUUUACUUAUUAAUUGUUACAAUAAUAUAUGUGCAUUAGAUUACAAGCAAUCCGUAUGGACUGUAUGUAAUAUUUAAGUUAUUUUCAUGUGAAAUAGAUUUUAAAAAAAGUAGAAGGCACUAUUUUUUUACAUGCUUAACGUGGUUCAUUAAUUAUUUGUUGUAUGUUUUUGUUUAUUUAUUAUUUCAAAAAAAGUGCAGUUUCGAGCUGAAAAAAAGGAACAAAUAAUCAAAAAUCAAAAAUGUCUACGUUUGCAUCGUUUUGUUCCCAGACCUCUUCUAGACGAGACUAUAUAGAAUAGACUUAACUCCAUAUUUUGUAUCGACUCUUCUGGUCCUUUUACCUGGUCUUCUAUUUUUGUUAGUUGGCAGUAGACAUGACACUUGACUGGGUCCAAGCAAUCACUUGCAGCCUACAUGUUAAAUUUCCCAUGAUAGCAAUCUCACACCAGUGAGGCCUCAAAAUCUUUGCAUAUAGUUCCAAGUUGGAUGGGAUGGACAAAUUACAUUAUAUUAAAAUAAAAUGUAUCACUUUUUUUGUUGAGUGUAUAAUGUCUAAUUUGAGGCCAACUCAAUCAACUUGCAG